AGUAAUGCGCUUGACAUUCUUGAAUUCAAUUGCAUAAGGGGCAGAGGUGUCAAAACCGAGGUGUAUGGCUAGGAGUCCUGGCUUUCUUGAAGAUGUACCAUAUGUAUCUAUCAUAUUUAUUCCAAUCGCAUAUUUUUUCAAACAACCCUUUACGUAUUGACCUUUAUGACACAACACAUGACAUAAUGCCCUCAUGGACCUCUGUGGCUGUAUUACAAUACUCACUACACAAAUGUGCUACCACGCCUCACCUGUCCAUUUUGAUACAACUGAAAUGCGUCCGUAGAUCCUGGGGCAUCACAACCUGCAUUAGCAAAAUGGCCAUGCAUGACCAAAGAGAGGCUCUCGCUAUUCUCUUGAGACAAUAUGCGGAGAUAUUGUGGCAAGGCAUUGUUGGAGGUGUCUGAAAUGACCCCUGCUCUUUUCAUAAAUGAACGAUCAACAUUCUGCUGGCAAAAUCGAUUCACUAUGCCUCUUCCGCUCAUCCUUUGUUGAAUUGGAAGAUUGCCUUUGGAGUUCAGCGAGUUUUCUCAUUUCAAC